AUGCUCUCGACAGGACUGUUGCCGCCAUCCCUUCCACUUCCGCUCCCCACCACUUAUGGCGCCGCAUUUGAGGCCGCACCGCCCCUCGAACACCCCAGCGACCUCAACCUCUACCCAAUCCUCCACGACACAAAGGGCGAGGCGUCCUGGCAGAGAGAGCUUUCCGUCUACCUGCCUCGUAUACGCCGCAAGCAGCAAGAGGGCGAGAUUGCAGUGGUCGGCCUUCAUGUCGAUUGUACUCUUGAGCAAGAGCGCGACCUCAUAGACACCCUCAACCUGGCCGGCAAUUCCACGUCACCUUUCCACGAGAAAGUGGUGGAUGCGAUCCGCAAGGUCACACGCCCAAGCGGCGGUAGCAGGAGGAGUAGAAGCCGGCGCGACAUUGGGGUCAUCGCCAACAUGAAUGACAACGACGUGCACAACGGCGACGGCGAGGCGACACGCACGAACACCAGGGCCUCGGUGCGAUGCUCCACUUCGCCGCCCGUCAGCUCAGAGCAAGUCCGGCCCAGCACCACCUGCCGUAGCGGCAUCAGUGCAACUGGUCCCGCACCACCGUCCACGUCGCGCGUCGGCAUCCGUUGCCCAGACAUUUCCAUGCGGUACUCAACGAUCAUUCAAGGACAACGGUAUGAAGGCUCGGUGUUGGAGGGCGAGUUCAAGGUCUUCAAGCAUAGCCGUCCCGACGAGAUGCCACCGGCACCAGGUCACCUUGCCCCUUCCGACGGCGGCGAGGACCGCCAUGCCCGGGAAAACACCUUGAGCUACUCGUUCGAGACCACAUGGAAGCGCGGUCUCAUAAAGGCGGCCGUGUAUCUUGUCAUCGCGCACGAAAUGUCGGGCACCCGCCUGGGCGUGUGUGUCACUGGAGAAUACAUGCAGCGACUGGCGAUCAUCGGCGGCGACGACGCUGGAUACAUCGCAGUGGUCGUGGAGUUUGACGAGCAGCUCGUGGCCACCCAACAGCUUCCACUGGAACUCGACAUGGUCGGCUUGGUCAACAGCAACAGCGCGGCCACCCAUAUGCCGUGGUGCUUUGCGGAUGCGAACGGCGACGCGAACCCCGAGGCGCUCGCGACGUGGGGGCAACUGUUCCACGCGGCUUUCAACUUGAUUCGCGACGUUUCGUACGCCGAGCCCCUUGAGCGUCUCCAAAUGAGCCACAGUGAUCCUCUGAUCGAUGCUCUCGUCCACCGUGGCUGCCUGAAGGCCAUCCACCACACCACCGACAUUACGCACACCGCCUCCGAGUCCUGUGGUGAACCAAACCCUUCAACCUCCUCCUCCUCCUCGGCCGACACGUCGCUGUCCGUUCCCGACUCCUCUGACCUCUGGGACACUGACACGGACGAAGGCGAGCGCUCUCCAACGGCUCCCUGGACGCGCCGCCAGACCGACAAGUACCUCGACAGUCUCUCAGAGAGCGACCUGGACGACCUGUUGCGCGACUUUCCACGCAUGGCCGUCGUCUGCGCCUCGCCGACGGAAAUGAGCCGCCUGGUCGCCAUAAUCGCCCAAGGAUGA